UGCAGGAAGGUGAAAGUCAUCGAUGUCGAAGGUAGGAGACCUGGAGCUCAUAUAGAGGGGCGAGAGGGCGCGGCUUGUCCAGACGCUUUCGGUACCGCCGACGACUACCAUGUCGCCGAAGAUACGAUUACUACUGGGAGCCUUGUGUCUCUUUGCCGUUUCGGCGAGGGCACAAGACGAUGAGGGUGAAAAUGGCGAGCCCGAUCCAGAAGAACUUUGCCAGGACAGGCCGGGAGACGAAUACUUCCGUCUCAAAAUCGACGGCGACUGCCGUGACGUCGUAAGGUGCGACAAAGCCAGUGAAAUCGGGGUGACCAGACUAGCCCUAGUAAAGUGUCCAACCGGUCUGGCAUUCGACAUCGAGAGGCAGACCUGCGACUGGAAACAGAACGUCAAGAACUGCGAUCAGAUCGAGAAACCCCGUAAGGUUCUUCCAAUUCUGAAAACCGACGUACCAGUUUGCCCUGAGGGCAAAUUAUCAUGCGGUAACGGUGACUGCGUCGAGAAGGAAUUUUUCUGCGAUGGAAAACCUGACUGCAAGGACGAAUCCGAUGAAAAUGCUUGCACGGUCGAAACGGACCCGAAUCGGGCCCCAGAUUGCGACCCCACGCAGUGCGUGUUGCCGGACUGUUACUGUUCGGCGGAUGGAACGCGGAUUCCGGGAAAUAUCGACAUCCAGCAGGUGCCACAGAUGAUCACGCUGACGUUUAACGGUGCGGUCAACAUCGACAACAUCGACCUGUACGACGACGUCUUCAACGGUCGUCUGAAUCCGAACGGCUGCCAGAUUAGAGGAACCUUCUUCGUCUCCCACAAGUACACAAACUACUCGGCGGUCCAGGAUCUGCACAGACGUGGCCACGAGAUCGGCGUCUUUUCCCUGACGCACAAGGAUGACCCACAGUAUUGGACUCAGGGAUCCUAUGACGACUGGCUGGCCGAGAUGGCCGGAGCCCGUCUGAUCAUUGAGAGAUUCGCGAACAUCAGCGACGGUUCGAUAAUCGGUAUGCGAGCCCCAUACCUCCGCGUCGGCGGCAACAAGCAGUUCGAAAUGAUGGCCGACCAAUUCUUCGUCUACGACGCCUCGAUCACCGCCUCACUCGGCCGCGUGCCGAUCUGGCCUUACACUCUGUACUUCAGGAUGCCCCACAAGUGCAACGGUAACGGCGGCAACUGUCCGUCCAGGUCACAUCCAGUCUGGGAAAUGGUGAUGAAUGAACUCGACCGCAGGGACGAUCCGACCUUCGACGAGUCUCUGCCGGGUUGCCAUCUAGUUGACUCUUGCUCCAACAUUCAGUCCGGCGACCAGUUCGCUAGGCUCCUUAGGCACAACUUCAACCGACACUACAAUACCAACAGAGCCCCACUCAGUCUUAACUUCCACGCCUCGUGGCUGAAGAGCAAGAAAGAGUACAAGGAGGAACUGAUCAAGUUCAUCGACGAGAUGCUUGCCAGGAAUGACGUAUACUUCGUUACGAUGGUCCAGGUCAUCAAAUGGAUCCAGACACCAACGGAACUGUCUAACCUUCGCGAUUUCCAAAACUGGAAGGAGACUUGCGAUGAGAAGGGUCAGCCCUACUGUUCUUUGCCAAAUGCGUGUCCCUUGACGACGAGGGAGUUGCCUGGUGAAACACUGCGACUGAUAACGUGCAUGGAAUGCCCGAACAAUUACCCCUGGCUGCUGGACCCAACUGGUGACGGCUUCAGCGUCAAGAAGUAAUUUUAAUAUGAAGAAAAAAAGAAAACACAAGUGCCCGCACCAAACAAAUUAGAACUUAGGAAACAACCCCGUUCAGCGUGUCGUUCUGCGUCGUUUCGCUGGAACGGAAUGAGAGAAAGGGACAGGCUAAAAUCCACCUUCUCUUCAAUUCCGGUCCAGCAACAUAUGCGGACGUCACACGAGCACCGUUCUCGCCGCAGCGCCAGGGGUAAAAGUUAUUUAAAAAACUAUCAAGAGAAAAAAGAAAGAAAAACGCUGCUGCCUCUACUCGGCGCCAAGUGAGCACAAACAAAACUACCUAGAGAGACUUGAUAUGUAUAUAUGAUAUUGAUAUAAAAAAAAAAAUAAACAACAAAAAAAAACUCCUCCGAGGGGCGAUUCCCGGACAAUAAUUGAAUGAUUGACAAUGCUGUAAUUUUCCUUACAUUA